CGCCCAGACUUUUCUUCCUCACCUUACGGCAGAGCUCGGAACCGUGCCUCAGAUUCUCACUCUAGUAGAGAGGAAUGUCGCAAGGUUGGGGUAAAAAACUCUGGGUUUGCGACCGUAGCUUUCGCUUUCCGGCCAACACAGAGGUGCCUGAAGGCUUGUUGGGGUGGUGAGGCCCGAGGCAGCUUCUGGAAUUUCUCAUCAACCCUGGUCAGUACAAGAUGGACCCUGUAGUCUUGAGUUACAUGGACAGUCUACUGCGGCAAUCAGAUGUCUCACUAUUGGAUCCUCCAAGCUGGCUCAAUGACCAUAUCAUUGGAUUUGCCUUUGAGUACUUUGCCAACAGUCAGUUUCAUGACUGUUCUGACCAUGUCUGCUUCAUCAGCCCCGAAGUUACCCAGUUCAUCAAGUGCACUAGCAACCAAGCAGAGAUUGCCAUGUUCCUUGAACCCCUGGACCUCCCCAACAAAAGAGUUUUAUUUUUAGCCAUCAAUGAUAAUUCCAACGAGGCAGCUGGGGGAACCCAUUGGAGUUUGUUGGUUUAUGUCCAAGAUAAAAAUAGCUUUUUUCACUAUGAUUCUCAUAGCAGAAGUAACUCAGUCCAUGCAAAGCAGGUAGCAGAGAAACUGGAAGCUUUCUUGGGCAGAAAAGGAGACAAACUGGCCUUUGUGGAAGAAAAAGCCCCUGCUCAACAAAACAGCUAUGACUGUGGGAUGUAUGUGAUUUGUAACACUGAGGCCUUGUGUCAGAACUUCUUUAGGCAACAGCCAGAAUCACUAUUGCAGCUACUCACUCCUACAUACAUCACAAAGAAAAGAGGAGAAUGGAAAGAUCUCAUUGCCAGACUUGCCAAAAAUUAGCUAUCAAAGUAUAUCUGUGACUUUUGAAGUCUUUUCUCUCUGCCCAUCCCCAUUUAUUGGAUGGCUGCAGUCUCAGUGCCUGAAGGAAGAUACCCAGUGGAGGGAAGUUUAAUGUUCUUAUUUUUCCCUGGAAGAAUGUCCUCCUCUGCAUUAUCCAGAUGGAAAGUUUCACUUUAACCCUAACUUGAGAGCAGUGUGCUCUGUGAAAAUGUCUUGAAGUUAUGUAUCAAAACCUUCAAACCACGCAUCUUAACAUUUAUUAAUUCCCUUUUUGUCUCCCUUAUCCACAUUGGCUUAUUCCUAAGGAAAAGCAGUGAUCUUUAAAGAAAUCAAGUAUAUGUGAAAUCUAAAGGAACGCAAGAAGAACAUUCUAGAAGAAUCAAGCUUCGGGUAGAAGCAGGUCAAGAUCUAACCUAAUUCAAGAUCUAAAUAUUGGGAGAAUCAAAUACUCAUUUCUGUGGUAUCUCUUCUAUUCGCCAUGCGAGGCUUUCCGGCUAUCUUUGUAACCUUUGCAGAUAUUUGAUAAAGAUGAUGUUAGCCCAUCUUCCCCCAUCUGAUUCCUGGACUGCUUUAAGAGAGGGGGAAUCUUGAGGAACUUCAUUAAAAUAUAUGGCUCCUGGACCUUUUAGUUUGCUCAGUGGAUGGGUUGACUUGCUGCUCUGCAUCGAUAACAGCUUUUCUACACUUUGUCUGUUAGCCAUGCAUACACUCCUUCCUUAACAUCCAAAGUUCUGUGGCUUUAAAACUCAUAGCUGAUAACUUCCUAAGGUUACCUGUUAUUUCUAAUAAGUAUUGCUGCUUUCUGAUAGUCAAUUUUUCCUUUCCUCUCUAUCUGUAAUCUGGCAGAAUUGGUUUGUUAUGUCAUGGUGAUAUCAGGGAUAUUAUUGUAUCUAAAACUUGCAGACUUUAAGUUGGUUUGUUUUUGCAAUUAUAAAGCAGAAAAAGUGACCUUUCUCAACCCUUCCACUUAAUUCAAAACGGAAACGAUGUUAUUUUUUAAAUAUGGAACCAAGAAUAAAAAAUGCUAUCCCUCCUAAA